UGUUGUGUUUACAAAAUGAGUGUGAUAUUUAAUUAUUUAUGUUUGUUAAAUAUUUUAAUCAUAUCAUCAAUUACAGUUGUCCAUGCUUACUAUGAUGAUGGAUAUUGCGUUCUUCCUCAAACACUCCAUGGUGAAUGGUUUUCUCGUGAAGAUGGCUUAAACAAUUUUAUAACAGUUGAUAGUAAGUCGAUUCAAGGUCGAGGAAAAUGCAGAGAAAUUUUAGACACCAACAAUGAUAACUUUACAAUUCUUCUUCAGCAAGACAAUUGUUAUAACUGCAUUCGUAUAUUAGUGAGAACUCUGAAUGUGUUGGAGAAAAUAGAAACUGGAUGUAUGAGUCCUGAAAACAAUGAGAAACCUACUCUCCAAUCAAUUUGUAAACACUUGGAUCCUUAUAAAGAGCUUAUUACUUGGUUUUCUAAAAACCCUACUCUAAAGAACUGUCGAUCCAGUAUGGAAGGAGUUUGGAAAUUUGCAUACAUGAAUAGAUAUUUAUUUACUGGUGAAUGUGAACAUCCAGAAGCUAAUAUUACUGCGUGUCAGAUUCCUGGGAGUCAGUUUUAUAUUGAAAACCAGCAAUUCAUCAUGAAUUAUAAACAUUGCGAUGGUGUGAAAGAUACACAAGAUGCUGAGGUGCAGUACAAGUGCCUUGGUGAUUGGUAUAUUGGCAAAGAUCAUUAUUGGGCUGUCUUGAAUGCUCGAGAAUCUAGAAUAGAAGAAGCCUAUCGUUGUUUUAUUGCUAACAGAGAUGAUGAUUUCUAUAUAUCUUUGUCCAUAACAGCAGAAUGCAAUACUUUAAAAACUGCUCAAAGUGGUCCUGAAAGAUUACAUCUAAAGCCAGUUAAGGCUGAGUAUGUUCCACCUCGAUGCAAGUUUUAUGAUAAUUUCACUGGAAUCUGGAUGAACACUGCUAAUUUUGAUGCUGAAGUAGUUAUAAAUGCAACACAUAUUGUGGAACGUUGGAAACCUGAUACUGGUCGAAUUAAAGAACAAGUUUAUGUCUGCCAUGAAAGAAGAGAUUCACGUUAUGUCUUGGCAAGAAUGGGAAUCAAUGGAUGUCAAAAGGAUUUCAUGUGCUUUGAUUUUUUACCUCGUCAUCAUAAUAUUAUUAGAUAUAGGAAAGGAAAAUCUAUGAUGGUAGAUGAUUUUUCAACUGUAUGUUCCUGGACUAUGUUUCCAAAUAAGCAACAGUGGCGAUAUGACAUUUUAAUAACAAAAAAUCCAGUUUCAAUAAAAUGCCCCGUUGCUGGAAAAUUUAAAUUUGAACAAAAGGGAGAUAUCUUGUUUGAAACAAGAAUUAGAGGUGGUGUUACUUCAAGUCCUCGUCCUAAUGUUAAGUGUCAAGACAUCAUAUCAGACUUUUCUGUCUGUGAUGCUGAUCAGAAAAUUAUUUACAUUGAUGCAGAAUAUUGCAUAUCAGUAGAUUAUUUUGGGAGACCUGUCGAUAUUUACAGUGAGCCUGAUCACAAAAUGAAGUGCAUUGGGUUUUGGAAAGAAAAUUUGAAAUCCUAUUUAAUAACAUAUGAUGAAGAAGAUGCUUAUAGCAAAUUUAGAUGCUGGGUGUAUCAGAAGGCUGAUUUAAAUCGUUUGUUAAUGUCAGAGUCAGUUGGUGCUUUUUGUCAUAUAAAACAAGAUGUUUCUAGUUACAAUGCUUCUGAAGGAGCUCAAGUUUCUUUGGUUAUGGCAGAGUAUGAAAGAGAACAUGAUGAUUGCCCCAUGUACUUUGAUGAUGGUACAGAUCCUUAUCGACCAAUAUCAGAACAAGUAAUGGUGUUAAAUUUGUCUGUUAGGAGUUCCCUACAUUUGCUGUUAUAUUUCCUGCAGUUUUAUGUGGUAAUUAGGUUGGUUUAAAAUUACAGAAUACUUUGAAAUUUCAUUUCAAGUAAAAUUCCGUCCUUGUAUUGCGAGUGAAAACUUGAAGAUGUGCUUUCUUUGAAAUCAAACACUUAUAGUAUUAAUUGCAAACUGAUUGAAAUCUUUGUGAUUUUCAUUUCAUAGUAUAAUUUGCAUGCCUUUCAUUAUAGAGGAUUUUUUUUCAUAUUGGCUAAAAAUUCAAAUAUUUGAUUUAAUAUUAGUUUUGACCACUGCAAAAUUUUUUAAACAUAUAACUUGUUUGCAUUGAAACAUACAAUUAUCAUGCUAUGCUAUUUUUAUGUCACUACCAUAAUAAGAAUCAUAAAAAAGUGUCAAAGUUGACAGCUCUGUUAUAAUGGGACUGAAAAUAAUUAAAUAGGAAGCCAAUCACUAUUUUAUAAUUCAAAACAAUUUUUAAAGGUGAUUUAAAUAAUGAAAGUGUUCAUUUUUCAAAUCUUUUUUU